AUGGCCGACCAAAUGCAGGACGUCAACCCUGGCGAAACCUACGAGGAUCCCACCGAGGAGCAGCAAGAACACGCCGCCAUGACAAGACUUGUAAACCUAGAAACUCUUGUGCAACAACAAGCUGCCACCAUACAAAGACUCACGGGACAACUCCAAACACUGCAAGGCCAACAACAAGGACAACCACCAGUGAUGCAACCAGUGGUAAACCCCGUGGUUAACCUAGCCCCUGUGGCACGACAACGGGAGCCCGGAGAAAUCAUUAAACCAGCAUUGCCAGACAAGUUCGAAGGAGAGCCCAAGCAGAUUUAA